GGAAGAAUAAGGCAGAAGUGCAUUGUUCAGUGCUUUAUCUAGUCAAAUCGUGUACAAUCAAAGUUCACUGAUGUGUGAUGAGUGUGUCCAGUUGGUUAACCUCUGAAAUUAUGAGCAUGCUUGAGCUGUCUCAGUUGUCAAAAACUGACUGCUGCAGGGGUUAUAGGCAAUGGCAAUUUGGUGGCCAUGCAAUCACUAAUGUAUCUCUUGCUCUGAAAAUGAUUAAAUCGUGCUGCUUUGGAUCCGAGAUCUGAAGUGAUUCUGGCCGAUUUGGAUCUGAAAUAAUGUCGCUGUUUUCGGCACGUGAUGGGGCCGAUUAGCUCGUUAAUAUACAGAGAAGAGAUAAUAGUGGAGGUGCAGCUUGCCACCACAAGUUCAGUGAAGAAACACACCUUCAUCGGCCACAGCCAUGGAGACCCACGCUGACGAGGUACAAAUCGCCUGCGAUGCCUUCCGCAUCUACCGGAGCGGCAAGAUGGACCGCCUCCACCGCCCAGCGCGCACGCCCGCCGGCCUCGACCCGGCCACCGGCGUCACUUCCAAGGACGUCGUCCUCGACACCAGCACCGGCCUCUCCGCGCGUCUCUUCCUCCCUGACCUCGGCGCGCGCCAUUCCAACUCCUCCAAGAAGCUCCCCGUCCUCAUCUUCUUCCACGGCGGCGCCUUCCUGAUCGAGUCCGCCGUCUCCCCGCUGUACCACGGCUACGUCGCGUCCCUCGCCGCCGCGGCCGGCGUCCUCGCCGUCUCCGUCGAGUACCGCCUCGCGCCCGAGCACCCGGUCCCCGCCGCCUACGACGACGCCUGGGCCGCGCUCCUGUGGGCCGCGGCGGCGCAGGACGAGUGGCUCGCCGAGUACGGGGACGUCGCCCGCCUCUUCCUCGCCGGCGACAGCGCCGGCGGCAAUAUGGUGCACAACGUCCUCAUCAGGCUGGCGUCCUCCGAUCCGGCGCCAAGAAUCGAAGGCGCGAUACUCCUGCACCCUUGGUUCGGAGGGAACACUCUCGUCGAGGGCGAGGAGGCGGCAAAGGCCAAGGAGAUGACCAUGAUCUGGGAGUUCGCGUGCCCGGACGCGGCGGGCGGUGCGGACGACCCGAGGAUGAACCCGAUGGCGCGGGGCGCGCCGGGGCUGGAGAACCUCCGGUGUGAGCGGAUGCUCGUGUGCUCCGGCGAGAAGGACUGGGCGGCGGCGAGGGACCGCGCCUACUACGCAGCGGUGGGCGCGAGCGCAUGGCGCGGCAGCGCGGCGUGGCUCGAGUCAGAGGGGGUGGGGCACGUGUUCUUCCUGGAGAAGUCGGAGUGCGCAAAGGCCAGGGAGCUCAUGGACCGCGUCGUAGAGUUCGUCGCCGGCUCCUGAGUCCCGAGCACUGAGCGGUGCGCGCGCAUUGGCGCAGAGAGAGAGAGAGAGAGAGAGA